GCCCCGGAGGCGCUGAGCUCUGAGGCCGGGGCCUAGCGCCCGCCGCGGCCGCGCGGGAGGGUCUCAGCGCCCAGGGCCCGCGCCCCCGCCUCCCGCCUCCCUCCCGCACUCGGCCCGCCUCGGCUCGUCCCCUCAGCUGCCCGCCGCCAUGGCCUUCGCCGCCCGGGAGGGCGCGGGCUCGGGGCGCCGGCGGCCUCCGCGUCACCUGCUGCUGCUGCUCUGCCUGUGGCUGCCGAGCGGCCGCGCGGCCGGGCCGCCGGUGGCGCCGCUGUCCGAGCUCCAUGCGCAGCUGUCGGGCGUGGAGCAGCUGCUGGAGGAGUUCCGCCGGCAGCUGCAGCAGGAGCGGCCGCAGGAGGAGCUGGAGCUGGAGCUGCGCGCGGGCGGCGGCCCCCAGGAGGACUGCCCGGGCCGGGGCGGCGGCGGCUACAGCGCCAUGCCGGACGCCAUCAUCCGCACCAAGGACUCCAUCGCGGCGGGCGCCAGCUUCCUGCGGGCGCCGGCGGCCGUGCGGGACUGGCGGCAGUGCGUGGCGGCCUGCUGCUCCGAGCCGCGCUGCUCCGUGGCCGUGGUGGAGCUGCCCCGGCGGCCCGCGCCCCCGGCCGCCGCGCUAGCCUGCUACCUCUUCAACUGCACGGCGCGCGGCCUCAGCGUCUGCAAGUUCGCGCUGCACCGCGGCUACAGCAGCUACAGCCUCAGCCGCGCCCGGGACGGCGGGCCGGGCGGCCUGGAAGCCGGCGAUCCCGCCGGAGCCACCGCGCGCGCCUCGCCCGAGCUGGAAAAGGAUGAGCCUCCACUUAGCAAGGCUGGGCAGGACGUGGUUUUGCAUCUGCCCACAGAUGGGGUGAUUUUGGACGGGCGCGAGAGCACAGAUGACCACGCCAUCGUGCAGUAUGAGUGGGUGCUGCUGCAGGGUGACCCGUCUGUGGACAUGAAGGUGCCUCAAUCAGGGACCCUGAAGCUGUCCCACCUACAGGAAGGAACGUACACCUUCCAGCUGACCGUGACCGACACUGCCGGGCAGAGAAGCUCUGACAACGUGUCGGUGACAGUGCUUACCACAGCUUACUCCACGGGAGGGUGUUUGCAUGUUUGCUCUCGCUACCACUUCUUCUGUGACAACGGCUGCUGCAUUGACAUCACGCUGGCUUGCGAUGGAGUGCCACAGUGUCCCGAUGGGUCCGAUGAAGACUUCUGCCAAAAUCUGGGCCUUGACCGAAAGACGGUGACCCACACGGCAACGAGUCCUGCCCAGCCGAGAACCACAGGACUGAGUGAAGAGGCAGGGGGGGACUCCUUAUUGGAGAAGUUCCAGAAAGCCACUGCCCCAAACCAGCCACCUGCAUUAUCGAACACAGAGAAGAAGAAUCAUUCUGCCUUUUGGGGACCAGCAAGUCAAGUAAUUCCUGUGAUGCCAGAUAGUAGUUCCUCGGGGAAGAAGAGAAAAGAGGAAAAUUAUAUCUUUGAGUCAAAAGGCGAUCGAGGAGGUGGGGAACACCCAGCCCCAGAAGCAGGUGCGGUGCUACCCCUGGCAUUGGGCUUGGCUAUCACUGCUUUGCUGCUUUUCAUGGUUGGUUGCAGACUACGACUGGUGAAACAGAAACUUAAAAAAGCUCGUCCCAUUACAUCUGAGGAAUCGGACUACCUCAUAAAUGGGAUGUAUCUAUAAUAAAUGUAAUUUAAAUAGCUUUGGAGCAAGGACGUGUUUCACUUAUAAUUUAUACAUAUAUUAUGUUCUGGGUAUUUACAACUUCUUUUGUUUUUAAAUGGGCUAGAAGAUUCUGCAAAUCCCAAAUCUUGUCUUUAUUAUUUAUUAUAGAAAAGUUUUCCUUAAAAAGUAUGAAAUAUUUUGAAAUUUAGAGUGGAAUUCAUAUGAUUAAAGACUUUUAAAAUUCUAAUUUACAUAAGCUGUCCCUGAAAAUAGAAAUUUGUACUUAGCUGAGGCAGAAAAUUCAGUAUCUCAAGAGGUGGUCUUAGGGAGGCAGCAUUAACCCUUCACGUUUUAGAAGCCCCUGGCAGCGCUGGACCGCUGUGGGCACGGCCCCCCUGUUCUGUGGCCCUGUUCUUCAUCCUUUAAGCUCUCCAUGCUCUCCUUUUUCUUUCCCCUGCAAAACCUGUUUCUGAGAAUGAUCUCAAAUGAGUUGAUACCUUCAAUGAGCUGUUACCUAUGGCAGGUAUAUUGUAAACCUAUGAACAGGUCAUGGAACCUCAGGGAGGAUGAACGUGGGUUCUUCCUAGUGCCUCUGACAUCAUGUCAUGUAGGUGGCUGCCUCCUUAGGCUGAUCUUUGGGAAAAAAAACCCAGACUUUGGAUUACAACAGCUCUAAGAUGGUCAUCAAGUGUGAUAGGAGAUCAAGGUGGAAGCAGAGAAACUGGCAGGCCAAAAACUUGAACAGAAACUUAGCUGAGGGCAAAAUGAGCAAGGAGGACAACUAAUACCUUAUCAACUCCACACUACUCCAUGGUCCAGAGCACAGCAACUCAUUUAUGGAGUCACUGGUUUUUGACAUUAGUCUUUGUUGAUGAAAGAGAAAAACAGAAAUUGAAAAGCAGAACAUUGAGUGGAUUUUGGGGUACAGCUUUUGCAAAAAUGUCACCAUGUUCAAGUAUCAGCAGGUUCUUUUAUCCACUGGAAUAAGCCAGUUUUUUCCAUUAUUUUUAAUGCUAUAAAAUGUAAUAAUGUGCCAUUAGCUAAUGCCAUGCUUAUGUAUUCUAGAGCAUAAAGCAGUUUUCACAAAGUCAUCUUUACAGAAAAUUGGAAUCUAGCUUAGCAUCUUUCCCCUUUUGAUCUGUAGGCUUUUUAAAGACAAAUUAUUCCAAUCAUCACUUAAUGCUGUGAUUAUACACAUUCUAGAAAUGAUUCUGAGAGGAAUAUAUAGUAUGAUGCCUGUCUAUACUCACAGGAUGUUCCUAUUUACGUAUUUUUUUCACCGUAAGUGGCAAAUCUUUUAAAAUACUUGAAAAACACUCUAGAGUCUAGUACACUUUAGACUGAACCUAAGGUAGGUUGUUGCUUUAGCAAAGGGCUUAAGUUUAGGUAGAGGAUAUAACAUAUCAAAAUACAUUAACAGAUGGAAAGUUAGUUCUAAAAAAAGAAGAAAUUGGGUAUUAUUUUUGUUUCAUGAGAAAGUCAAGCAUUUUGUUGAAUGUUUAGAAUUGAGCAAAGAUUUAGAUUUCUCAAGGGCAGUUUAGAGAAAUGAAUUGUGUGAAUGAACUUAAGAUGUUUAUAUAUGAUGCUGUGCAGUUUGUUUUUAUAUAGAAAGAUGUUACCUAUAGCCAUACCCAAUAACAUAAAAACUGAUGAGGCAUGCAUCUUUCAGCACAUCUUUUAUACAUAAAGAAAAUAAACACAAUUUAGUGUUGCUAUGGUGUUGAAAUACUUAAUAAAAUAUGUCCUGUAUCUAUGUAAACAAUAUUCCUUUAAUAAACUAUUUUAUUCUUAA